AUGGCUACCUCUCCUUUGAAUGUCCAGCCUUCUUUCCAUGCUCGCUCAAACAGUUUGCCUUCAAGGCAACACCCCAUCACUUCUCAAAUUGAUGAAAAUCUGAACCGAUUGAGGGAGUCUCAGUCGGCCUCUACAUCGUCAUCAUUAGGAAAUCAACUCAACUGCCUUCAAGAUUUGUAUGACUUUGUUGAUAUGUUGCUUCAAUUGCCCCUUGCUCAACAAGCUCUAGCUCAAGAGCAGCAAAGGAAAUUCGUUGAACAACUUCUGGAUGGAUCUCUAAUGCUCCUCGAUGUAUGCGGGACCGCUAGAGAUGCCUUGUCCCAAACAAAGGAAUGCACAAAAGAUCUACAAUCAGUUUUGCGUCGAAGAAGAGGAGUCGAGGGGCUUGCUAAUGAGGUUAGGAAAUACUUAACCACUAGGAAGGCAGCGAGAAAGGCAAUCUGCAAGGCCUUGAAGAACUUGAAGCAUAUGGAGAAUAAACUUAGCGAAGAUGGUGAGACAGGAGCCGUGAUUAGCACCUUGAAACAAGUAGAAGCAGUGACCAUCAGCGUUCUAGAAUCCUUGCUGUCCUCUAUUUCGGGGCCAGCGGCUGAAUCAAAAUCAAGCUCAUGGUCACUAUUAUCUAAGUUAAUGCACCAGAGAAAAGUAACUUGCGAGGAAGAAGAACAAAAAACAAAUGAAAUUGCAGAUGUUGAAGCGACAUUGCGUUCCUUGAUUAAAUCUGGAAGCAUGAAGAAUGUUGAGAAUGUACAAAAUGAGCUGGAAAACUCAGAGAUGUGCAUCCAAGAUCUUGAUGAAGGUCUUGAAAGCUUCUUCAGGAGGUUGAUCAAAGCUAGAGUCACUGUUCUCAACAUCAUCAACUGUUGA